AAAUAUAUAUAUUUGGGGAAACAAAAUAAAACAUAACAAAGGCGAAAACUUUUUUGGUCUGAAGAUCGAGAAAAGAUUUCGAAAAUCAAAUUCGGUUUUCUGGGCGAUCGAUUUAUGUCCGAAAGAUUGAAACUUUUGUAAGAUAAAAGAUCGAUUGGUGUUGUUAAGUUGAAUGACGCAGCAAGGGCAGGGAAGCAUGGACCCUGCCGUUCUCGACGACAUCAUUCGUCGUUUGUUGGAUUACAGAAACCCUAAGCCUGGAACCAAACAGGUCAUGCUCAACGAGUCUGAGAUCCGACAGCUUUGCAUCGUGUCUAGAGAGAUUUUUCUCCAACAGCCUAACCUCCUUGAGCUCGAGGCUCCCAUCAAGAUCUGCGGUGAUAUUCAUGGACAGUACUCAGAUCUAUUGAGGCUAUUUGAGUACGGAGGCUUACCUCCAGCAGCUAACUAUCUAUUCCUAGGAGAUUACGUGGACCGCGGGAAGCAGAGCUUGGAAACAAUCUGUCUUCUCCUCGCCUACAAGAUCAAAUACCCUGAGAACUUCUUCCUUCUAAGAGGCAACCACGAAUGUGCUUCUAUCAACAGAAUCUACGGAUUCUACGAUGAAUGUAAACGCAGGUUCAGCGUCAGACUCUGGAAAGUGUUUACAGAUUCUUUCAACUGUCUCCCUGUAGCUGCUGUAAUAGACGAUAAGAUAUUGUGUAUGCACGGUGGCCUUUCUCCGGAUUUGACCAGCGUGGAACAGAUUAAGAACAUUAACCGACCUACCGAUGUUCCGGACUCCGGUUUGUUAUGUGAUCUGCUUUGGUCUGAUCCGAGCAAAGAUGUUAAAGGCUGGGGGAUGAAUGACCGUGGGGUUUCUUACACGUUUGGGCCUGAUAAAGUGGCUGAGUUUUUGAUAAAGAAUGAUAUGGAUCUCAUCUGUCGUGCUCACCAGGUUGUAGAGGAUGGUUAUGAGUUCUUUGCGGAUAGACAGCUUGUUACUAUAUUUUCAGCUCCUAAUUACUGUGGUGAAUUCGAUAAUGCUGGUGCUAUGAUGAGUGUUGAUGAGAGUUUAAUGUGCUCUUUCCAAAUUCUUAAGCCUGCGGAUCGGAGGCCCCGGUUCUUGUGAGUUGGAACCUCGCUGGAAAAAAAGAAGAACUUGGCGACGUGAAAGCGGGAGAGAGAGACAUUUGACACUCCCUGAGACUUUAUCCUGAGGCCUUUGCAAGAAGGCAGGGAAAAAAAAAACACAUUUUACAUGUUAUAUCAUAUAAUCUUAUUUGAACUCUUGUAAUUUCUUUUCUCAAAACUUUUGUGUUAUUAUGAUCUUCUCAUUCUCUCACUCAUAUUAGACAGUAAACAAAAGUCUGCAAAGUUUUAUUCUUUCA